UGGCAUCGUUGACCUUGCAAAGCAUAGCAAUAAACUUCAGAACUCUACUCAUUCUCAAAUGAAAGCCAUAUCCAUCCAUCCAUCCAUCUGCAGAAGAAAAUCAAAUUGACGGAGUGGCCUGGGUGGAGAAAUCGAUCAAUUACUGUUUACUUGGUGCAAUCUAAACCAGAAACAAUGCCAUCAAAACUCUUGCAAUGGUUCUCAAUGUUGCCAUGCUUGGGAAAGAUGGGAAGAGAUGCUGAUAUUGAGUCAUCAUACUACAAGAACCUAAGCAAAUUAUUAGAGGAUCUCAUUGCUUCUUGUGAUGGUACAUCUCAUCCUGUUCAUUGUUACCCUGCGGAUGACCUCAUCAGGGCAACCAACAACUUCCAUCCUUCUUGCAUUGUACGAAAGGAUUUAAACUACACAAUGUUCAGGGGAUUUCUAAACGACCAGUUGAUUAUCAUUGCCAGGUACUCCAUUCGGAGCUUGCCCCAUGACUUAGGGGGCAAUGAGGAUGAUGUUAGGUCUCAAGCAAUUCGCGACAUUGUUGUUUCAAUACAUAUGAGCAACCAUGAGAAUGUUUUGAAACUCUUGGGCUGCUGCUUGGAGUUCCCUGUACCCGCCCUGGUGCUUGAAAAUGCCGCAAAAGGAGUUCUUGAAGGUGAUGGAAGUUUAAGAGACAAUGAAGAUCAACCCUUAAUAUUACCAUGGAAUAUUAGACUGCGUAUUGCAAAGCAGCUUGCUAGUGCAGUUACGUAUCUCCAUACCGCCCUUCCCAGUCCCGUAAUUCAUAGGGAUCUAAAACCUGGUUGUAUUUUCUUGGACCACGACUAUGUUCCCAAACUCUCCAACUUCUCACUCUCCAUAACCAUUCCUCCUACGUAUUCUGAUGCUGAAGAUGAUCUGAAAGGGACAUAUGGGUACCUUGACCCUGCAUACAUGAGGUCUGGCCGCGUCUCAGAGAAAACUGAUGUGUAUAGUUUUGGUGUGCUUUUACUUGUAUUCUUGACGGGACAAAGAGCUUUGCCAAUUAUACAGGAAGAAGGAAGGUAUAGUUCACUUAUUGUUUAUGUGAGAUCACAUGCUUACCAGCUUCAGGAAUUUGUGGACCCUAAAAUCUUAGAGGAGGUAGGGGGAAAUGAGCAAGUAGAACAGCAGUUGUAUGAUUUCCUAGAACUGGCAUUGUCAUGCACUCAAGAAGAAAUUGAAGGAAGGCCAUAUAUGAGCAAUGUGGCGAGGGAACUCGUUCGAAUCGACGAGUCUAUUUUGCCCAGCUAGCUUCAAUCCACUAUAUUUGUUAUUAAAAAAUAUAUAUUGGAGGAAAAAAGGACCAACAAUUGGA